UUCUAUCCCUUAACUGCGGGAGGUGCACAGCAGGCCUGCCUCUGCCCGGGCAGGGAGUGCCCAACCUUCCCCCAGAGGACGAGUGCUGAGAGCUGCUGGGGCCAGCCUUCCCCUGGAGCCUCCCGCUUUGGCCUCCACGGGAUCACAGACACCAGGCAUUCUGCCAGGAACUUCUAGCAAGGUAAAGGCAACUUGGUGGUGAUCGACUCAGGCUCCUUGUAGGGAGCGGAUUUGCAACCCACCACCAUGACCCCCACAGAGUUUGCAAGCCUUAUCGCUAACAUGUCUGAUGACUACAACUAUGACUCCACGUCCUCCAUGGAUGAGUACAUGGCCUUCAACAUCACUGACUUCUUCUGUAAGAAAGGCGAGGUCAGGCAGUUUGCCAGCCACUUCCUCCCGCCCUUGUACUGGCUCGUCUUUCUUGUGGGCACCGUGGGUAACAGCCUGGUCGUUCUCGUCUACUGGUACUGCACCCGAGUCAAGACCAUGACUGACAUGUUCCUUCUGAACUUGGCCAUCGCCGACCUUCUCUUCCUGGCCACCCUCCCCUUCUGGGCCAUUGCCGCUGCUGACCAGUGGACAUUCCAGACCUUCCUGUGCAAGGUGGUCAACAGCAUGUACAAGAUGAACUUCUACAGCUGCGUGCUGUUGAUCAUGUGCAUCAGCGUGGACAGGUACAUCGCCAUUGCCCAGGCCAUGAGGGCGCAGAUCUGGCGGCAGAAAAGGCUGCUGUAUAGCAAGAUGGUUUGCUUCAUGGUCUGGGUGGUGGCUGCUGCCCUGUGCCUCCCAGAGCUCCUGUACAGCCAAACCAAGAAGGAGUCUGGUAUUACCAUCUGCACCAUGGUUUACCCCAGGGAUGAGAGCACCAGACUCAAGUCAGCUGUCUUGACCUUGAAGGUCAUCCUGGGCUUCUUCCUGCCCUUUGUGGUCAUGGCUUGCUGCUACACCAUUAUCAUCCACAUCCUGACCCAAGCCAAGAGGUCCUCCAAGCACAAGGCCCUCAAGGUGACCAUCGCUGUCCUCACCGUCUUCGUCUUGUCUCAGUUCCCUUAUAACUGCAUCCUGCUGGUGCAGACCAUUGACGCCUACGUCACGUUCAUUUCCAGCUGUGCCAUCUCCACCAAUAUCGACAUCUGCUUCCAGGUCACCCAGACCAUCGCCUUCUUCCACAGCUGUCUGAAUCCUGUUCUCUAUGUCUUUGUCGGUGAGCGCUUCCGCCGGGAUCUCAUGAAAACCCUCAAGAACUUGGGCUGUAUCAGCCAGGCCCAGUGGGUUUCUUUUACCAGGAGAGAGGGAAGCCUGAAGUUGUCAUCAAUGCUGCUGGAGACAACCUCAGGAGCUCUGUCCCUCUGAGGGAGUCUCCUCCCUGGGGCGUGGAUGGUGCUUUUGAAGGAGUAGUACAGAGAAACCCAGUAGGCAAGAAAAGGACAAGAGGCAAACAAUAAACUCAACUCAGAUGAAUCAUCACAGUAUUACUACUUGCAGUGAGCAGUUGUGAAACCAGCAUUUUUGUCUUGGCAGCAGUAUUCCUGACAUUUUCAGAGGACUUAAGGGACACCUGGGGGACCAUGUGCUGGCUUGGCCACUUGCUCUAGCACAGGUGCAGCUGCCUGCUGGAGGCCAU